AGGGGCGCGCGCCAGGUGCUUGGACCGACGCGCGGCCAGCGCGACGCGAUGGGACUGCGCGACAGGCCGCCGGCCGUCGUCGAACACCAGCCACCGGGUCACAGCCCCGCAGGUGCAAUGGCAGCAGAGGUACUUCUAAUCACAGCAAAUGUUGGAUCCAUCUUUGAAGAUCCUGAAAAUAUGCUUAAGAUAUGGAUGGAAGAAUUUUUAAAGCUGAUCCGGGAUCAAAAGCCAGAAUUUGUUGCCCUGCACUGCCAGGAAGUUGGUGGAAAGAAUUAUGAAACAAGCAUGCAACAUGUCAGCAAAUUUGUCAGGGACGUGCUGGCCAGCCCGGAGAUCGACGGCCAGUUCGACCGGGCCGUCAUCCUGCUGGACGAGGACUUUAACCGGGCGGCCAGCUUCACGGCGCUGGGCAACCUGUACCUGGUCAGCCGCCGACUGCAGGCCGUCCGGCUCUGGGACUGGCGCGAGGAGGCCUAUCGGCCGGUGGAGGACCACGAGGUGUACAGCGGCCACCUCGCCGGCGUUGCCGUGGCCGACAAGGACAAGUUCCCACUGGAGUACUUCCCCAACUGCAAGUGGUCCCGCAAGGGCUACCUGCGCACGCGCUGGGAGAUCCGCGGCACGGAGCUGGACCUCGUCAACAUCCAUCUCUUCCACGACGCCUGUAACAUGAUCGCCAUCGAAGCGUCCCCGUCGCCGUACUGCGAGAACCGGCGGCGUGCCCUGCAGCACACCCUGGACCGUUUCCAUGGCGACAAGCACAGCAACGUGCCCUUUUUCAUCUUCGGCGACUUCAACUUCCGAGUCAAUACACACGGUGUCGUGAAGCACCUGACGAAGGACCUGAAGCCUCUAGCCAAGGCGGACCUGGAGAUGGUGGAGUUCCACGACGAUACGGAGACGGUCGUGCUGCGGGUGGGCAAGAAGGAGUUCUUCCACUCGACACACCAGGACACCUUCCUGCAGGACAUAUCAUGGCUGCGUAGCUUCGACCGCGAGCUGGACGAGUUUCAAGACCGACUGCACGAGUUUCCCAUCGAGUUCCCGCCGUCGUACCCGUUCGAGGAGAACGUGCAGCGCUCGCAGUACCUGAUGAAGACGCGCUGCCCCUCCUGGUGCGACCGCAUUGUUAUGAGCAAGUCGGCGCUGGAGAUCAUUCACCAGGAGGAGCCCUGUGACGUGACGUACGGCAUGGUCGGCAGGGACCGGUGUAUGGGAGACCACAAGCCGAUCCUGCUGCAGCUGCGGCUGCGCGUCACCGGCCGCCGGCGCUACUGCUCGCUGGGGGGCGAAACGCCGCCGCCGCCGCCGCCGCUGCGCAGCAAACAGAGCCGCCUGCGCCUCGAGCUGUACGAGCGGCUGCAGUCGCACCACAGCUCCUCCGACGAGGACUGGUUCGAGGAGGUGGACGAGCCGGACAGGUGA